AUGUCGGCCCAGGAACCAGACGAUUAUUACGACUUCGGUUCCUUCCGCCGACCGGUGACCACCUCCAGCCCUCAGGCUCAACUCUGGUUCGACCGCGGUCUCAUCUGGACAUAUGCCUUCAAUCACGAAGCAGCGGCCAACUGUUUCCAAAAAGCCAUCGCACAUGACUCGACCUGUGCGAUGGCAUACUGGGGUCUUGCAUACACAUUGGGUCCUAACUACAACAAAACUUGGCAGUCUUUCGACGAGCAAGAACUCGAGGUCGCCGUGCGGCGUACCCACGAAGCUGUCGCAGAGGCCCAGACGCACGCCACAACCACCCAGCCCGUGGAAGCAGCGCUUAUCGCAGCCCUGCAACACCGAUACCCUCAGAACGUGGCUCCCAAUGACUUUAACGGCUGGAAUAAGGAGUACGCUGACGCCAUGGAAUCUGUUUACUUACGCUUUCCCAAUGAUUUAGAUGUGGUGGCUUUGUAUGCGGAUGCUCUCAUGAAUUUAACUCCAUGGGCGCUCUGGGACUUACGUACUGGUCAGCCUGCAGCUGACGCGCAUACUCUGCAAAUCAAGAAUGUCUUAGAUCUGGCGCUGACCCAGGACGAGGCGCUACGACACCCGGGAAUCCUGCAUCUAUACAUUCACUUAAUGGAGAUGUCCAGUGAGCCGGAAGCAGCACUCAGGGUAGCAGACCAUUUGCGGGGGUUAGUACCGGAUGCAGGCCAUCUUAAUCAUAUGCCAUCGCAUUUGGACAUUCUCUGUGGUGAUUAUCGACGGGCAAUUGCAUCGAACUCGGACGCAAUUCGAGCAGAUGAGAAGUUUCUUGCCCGUGAGGGCGCAGUCAAUUUCUAUACGCUAUAUCGAUCGCAUGAUUAUCAUUUCAGAGUAUAUGCGGCGAUGUUUGCGGGGCAGUCGCAAGUUGCGUUGGACACGGUAAAGAGUCUGGAGUCAUCCAUUCCAGAGCAGCUCCUGCGUAUCGAAUCCCCGCCUAUGGCUGACUGGCUGGAAGGCUUUGUGAGUAUGAAGGUGCAUGUCCUGAUUCGCUUUGGACGUUGGGAGGAUCUUCUUGCCCUUGAAUACCCGCAUGACACGCAGCUAUAUUGUGUCACCACUGCAAUGAUCCAGUACGGGAAGGGAGUGGCGUUGGCUGCGCUUGGGAGGAUAGAUGAAGCGAGUCAACAGAGCGCGCUGUUUAAGGAGGCUGUAAAGCGUGUACCCUACAGCCGAAUGUUAUUCACCAACAGGUGUCUGGACAUCUUGGCCGUGGCUGACGCUAUGCUGGAUGGGGAGCUCGAGUAUCGCCGUGGCAACUAUGAUGUGGCCUUUACCCAUCUACGGCGAUCUAUCACCCUGGAUGAUGGGCUACCAUAUGACGAGCCGUGGGGGUGGAUGCAACCGACCCGUCAUGCGUACGGUGCGCUUCUGCUAGAACAGGGACAUGUCCAGGAGGCAGCAGCGGUAUACCAGGCUGAUCUUGGGUUUGACGACACGCUGCCUCGUGCGAGGCAGCACCCGAACAAUGUAUGGGCGCUGCAUGGAUACUACGAAUGCCUGAACAGGCUGGGGCGAACGGCUGAAGCUCAAAUCGUGAAGCCUUUCUUGAAACAGGCAGUUGCAACGGCCGAUGUUCCAAUCAGGUCGUCGUGCUAUUGUCGUCAGGGAAAUGCGGGAUCAUGUACCACGCAAGAAACUAAACCGCCGGCCGCUCGGUUCUAA